AUGGGGCUUGCCAAUCUUGUUCCCCUGGUAGCUUCUCUGCACAGGGACAAUGGAGAGCUGGGCCAGGCUGAUGGCCCCUUGGAUGGCAGUGGCUACCUCCUUGGAGUACUUAACACCCAGACCAAUGUGGCCAUUGUAGUCCUCAAUGGCAACAAACGCUUUGAGCUGGAACGCUGGCCAGCACUGGUUGUGCUUGGGAGGGCAGUGGCUGCACGGGAGGUGAAGGCGCGCCCAGAGCGAGCCCCUCAACUUCUUCCAGGGCUGCCGACACCCCGGGAUGUGCGGGAUCGAGCCUCAACAGCGCCACCGUGUGUCAAUGCGAAGUCACGACAGCAGUGGGCCGCAGACCUACCAGUUGCUCUGAUGGCCUGGGGGCCGCCGUCCCCGGAGCUGCUGGGGCCCGCCCGCUUCGCCCUGGAGACGUACAACCGCGGCCGGGCGGCCGGGACGCGGGCCGUGCUGGGGGCCGUGCGCGGUCGCGUCCGCCGGGCGGGCAAGGGGUCGCUGUACUCCCUGGAGGCGAUCCUGGAGGAGCAGCCCUGCAGAGACCCCACGGUGUGUCAACUCCCUGUGUCCAAGAAGACCUUGCUCUGCAGCUUCGAAGUCCUGGAUGAGCCAGGAAGACGCAUGCUGCUGAGGCGGGACUGUAGCCCAGUGGAUACCAAGGUUACAGGUGACAGAGACGAGACUUUCAGUUCAGUCCUUCCACUGUUGAACAAGGACCCCCUGCCCCCGGACUUUUCUGUGAAGAUGACUUCAGCCUUCAAGAAAUUUGUCUCCACCUAUAACCGGACAUAUGAGACAAAGGAAGAAGCCCACUGGCGGAUGUCUGUCUUUGCCAGUAACCUGGUGCGAGCACAGAAGAUCCAGGCCCUGGACCGUGGCACAGCUCAAUAUGGGGUCACUAAGUUCAGUGACCUCACAGAGGAGGAGUUCCGCACCAUCUACCUGAAUCCCCUCCUAAAAGAGGAGCUUGGCAAGAAGAUGCAGCUAGCCAAGUUCACGGGUGACUCUGCCCCACCUGAAUGGGACUGGAGGAAUAAAGGGGCUGUUACCAAAGUCAAGGACCAGGGCAUGUGUGGCUCCUGCUGGGCCUUCUCAGUCACAGGCAAUGUGGAGGGCCAGUGGUUCCUGAAACAGGGCACCCUGCUCUCCCUCUCUGAGCAGGAGCUCGUGGACUGUGACAAGGUGGACAAGGCCUGCCUGGGCGGCUUGCCCUCCAAUGCUUACUCGGCCAUAAAGGAUUUGGGAGGACUGGAGACAGAGGAGGACUACAGCUACCAGGGCCACAUGCAAGCCUGCAACUUCUCGGCAGAGAAGGCCAAGGUCUACAUCAAUGACUCAGUGGAGCUGAGCCGCAGUGAGCAAAAACUGGCAGCUUGGCUGGCCCAGAACGGCCCUAUCUCUGUUGCCAUCAACGCCUUUGGCAUGCAGUUCUACCGCCAUGGGAUCUCUCACCCACUGCGGCCCCUCUGCAGCCCUUGGCUCAUCGAUCAUGCUGUGCUGCUUGUGGGCUAUGGCAACCGCUCAGACGUUCCCUUCUGGGCCAUCAAGAACAGCUGGGGCACUAACUGGGGCGAGGAGGGUUACUACUACUUGCAUCGUGGGUCCGGGGCCUGUGGUGUGAACGCUAUGGCCAGCUCAGCGGUGGUGAACUGAGGAGCCCACUAGCUCAGGACCUGGUGCUGACCAGAGCAGCCCUUUCCCCAGCCUGAUCUGCGUAUCUAGGCCCCUCUUCAGGAGGCACAGCUGGCUGAGGGACCGGCACUGGGUACCUCAGGGUGAGCAAAUGGCACUGGGUUAGGGGCACAGCCCCAGCUUCCCUCCAACCCACUCCCACCUGAAGUUCCCCAAUUGCACCUUCGUUGAAUUGUGGUAGCUAGGAGGAUCUUGGGGUAAAGGAGCAUAACCAGAUAGCCGAAGCUGGGAUAAGAAUUUUGGGCUCAGAUAAGGAGCAAGAAGAAAGUAUUCUGUCCUCAGCAGGCUCUGGCUUCCUGCCCCAGCUUUACUCUGUAUGAUGCCGUAAAUUUUCUGCUCCUCCUGGAUUUGGGGACAGUGUCCCAUUUCACAUCCAGGAAACUUGUAACCACCCUUUUCUAAUAGCAAUAAAGAGGUGUCCUGGUCCCCA